CCUCGGGGAGUGAGCCAGAACACGGCGGGGAGCGCGCGGGUGCAGUGCGCUUGCUCCGUGGCGCGUCCCCGUGUCUCCGCGUCCCCGCGUCCCCGCGUGCAGCCGGCUGGGCCCCGGGCUUCGCUUCUCAUUUCGUGGCAGGCAGCCGCCAGUAGAGAGAGGCGAGGAUGACCGGCGUGGCGGCGGCGUCCCGGCAACGCUUCCCAGUCCUCGCUGCGUGUCCGAGCCACGCGGUGAUCACGGAGGGCUGCCUGGAAUUGCGGGUGAGAGGAGCGGGUGAGAGGAGCGUGCAGGCCGUGGCAAGGUGACGUCGCCAGACGGGUGGUCCUCAGGACAUGCUCUUCAGACCUCCCCCUGGCCAUGUGGUGAGUUCAAGAACCUGAUCAGGAGAUAACCAUCAGAGAACUCCUCUGUUUUGAAUAAGUUCACCCUAGCUGCACACUUGGAAGGAUGGUGUCCCAGUUUACUGGCCGGCGGGAUUCUCCUGUGGACAACUGUGAAGGGAUCAGCCAUGAUUUGGGGGACAUUGAUGGUUUGCCCAGCCUCCUGGACACUGACCACCCUCUUUACCAAUUAGACGUGAGGUUCAGUCGGCACAAAGCUGCCUGGAUUAACCCGCUGUGUGCACAGCAGCAGUCGUUGCAGGACUUAUCUCCCAGCAGGCCAACAGUAAAAAACAGUAGAGAGCACUUUGUGGAGGAUACUCCCUUUCCCUUGGGUCUUUCAUCAUGGACUUGUGGGGACUCCCUGGCUGAGAUGCCAUUGUCUGAGAACACCGCUAACUCCAGCAGCACCUCUGCUCAUGGCUCAGGGGAAAAGAGGAGUGACUUCUCCCUGACCGCAGAAGAGCAGAAGGUGCUUCGGAGAGGGUCUCAGCACACAUCUCUGCUCAAAAACCCCAAGACUGUGGCGACUUCCUCAUCUCCUAAGGUCGACGGUGCUUGUUUUGAGUCUUUUUACUGGACUGCUUCUGCAAAUGAAGGUGCUGUUCAGAGCAGCAGAGGAAGCCAUUCUGUGAAUUUCUUCUCACCAGAGACAUUCACGCUGCCGGUUGACGUAGAAAAGGAAAAUGUCCACUUUUAUGCAGCAGACAUGGUCAUCUCGAUGAUGGAGAAGAUAAAGUGCAAUCUCCUGAGUCACCAGCAGCCAGAGAGCUGGAGCCUAGAGGAAGCCACUGGGUCACUGGGGAAUGAUCAGACCAAUGCUGAUGAGACCUUUUACACUCCUGCAAAACAGGAGCUAGGAUCCUCCUCCUCUUCAGACAGUGGCUAUGAAGGCUGUGCUGUGCUACAAGUUGGCCCAGUAACUGAAGUGCUUUCUCAUGCUCCUGUGGUAAAAGAGACCUGCAAAUCUGACAUGGAUGAAUUAGUUAUUUUAGAACUUGGGGAAUCUAACGACAUCACAGAAGCCUGUAGAAGCUCCUGCAGCUCUAAGAGUGUAACUUACGAAUCAGACUUCAGUUCUGCUGAGCUAUUAGCCAGAGAGUUGUUCCAAGUGUUCUGGAAGUGCUGGAUGCUGUCAGAACCUAAUCAUCAGCUGCCAGGCUGUCUGACAGCAGCCAGCUCAGUGGGUGUGAGUGAAGAACAUGCCAGAGAAGACUGUGACUUCAGAGAGGAUGUAACCCAGGAAAUGACACUGAAGUCUUCAAUCCCAGGGGCUGAAGACUGGGUGCCCCCUGGAUUUCAAAUCAUACUUAAUAUUCAUUCUCCACUCAAGAGGGACAUGGCAGUUGUCACCCAGAAUUUCUUCUGUGCUGGAUGUGGAACUCCAAUAGAGCCCAAGUUAGUAAAGCGGCUCCGGUACUGCGAGUACCUAGGCAAGUAUUUCUGUGACUGUUGCCACUCAUAUGCGGAGUCCUACAUCCCUGCUCGGAUCCUGAUGACAUGGGACUUCAGGAAGUACCACGUCAGCAAUUUCUCCAAAUGGCUGAUUGACAGCAUAUGGCACCAGCCCAUCUUCAAUUUACUGAGCCUCAGCCAUAGCCUUUAUGUAAAAGCCAAGGAACUGAACAGGGUGAAGGACAUGCAGGAACAACUUUUUCAUAUCAAGAAGCUGUUGAAGACUUGCAGGUUUGCCAAAAGAGCACUGAAGGCCUUUGAGCAGGUUCCCAGCCACUUGACUGAUGAGUGCCACCUGUUCUCAUUGGAUGACUUCCUCAGGACCAAGAAAGGGCUGCUGGCACCCUUGCUCAAGGACAUUCUGAAAGCCUCACUUGGACAUGUGGCCAGCUGUGAGCUGUGCCAGGGAAAGGGUUUCAUUUGUGAAUUUUGCCAGAGUACAACUGUCAUCUUCCCCUUUCAGACCAUGACCUGUAGAAGAUGUUCAGCUUGCAGUGCCUGCUUCCACAGACAGUGCUUCCAGUCCUCCGGGUGCCCCCGCUGUGCCAGGAUCACAGCCCGGAGAAGACUUUUGGAGAGCUUGCCCUCUGCCACAACAUGAUGGCCCUGAACAUUGUCCAACAGGCCUAUGAUGGUAUUGAUUUGUGUCUAUUAACAUUGUUAGUAACAUUGUUUUAGAUAUUAAAUAUGUUAUGUUAAGAAAAAAUAUCAAAAUUUCUUUCAUUGAAUAUAUUUAAUUUUCUCAGAGUACAGAAGUUUGUCACUAAGCAUAGGUUUGUUACUAAGGAUUUGUUUACAAAUGCUUGAUGAUUUUGCUGCUAUGGGUCUAUUUCCAAAAAAUUCUUUUGAUACUUAAAUUGUAUUGGGGUAGUUGUAUUUAGCUAAAUACACAGCCUAUUUUUUUUAUGACUUGUGACUGACGUGAUGAAGUACUCUUCCUUUACAGUUGCUUGUGAAACUGAUUAGCACUGUAAGCCAACAAAAUACAACUGAAAUUCUGUUUGACCAAGCUUUUGUUCCUUCAAGAAAAAGACUUCUACUGAAUACUAUUUUA